AGCGGAUUCUCUGAGGCACUGACGCAAUAACCACCAGUCCACCAUCACCAGUUAGGACAUGACUUAAAGUCGUGUUUAACAUUAUGAUAUUUUUAGAAUCUGGAUGAAGAAUAGUGAUGACAUUUAUGCAUUGACUCCGGAAGCACACAUGACUUGGGAUGCCGACGCUGCCACCACAAUAAUGCAAGGGCCUCACGCAUGAAUAGCCGGGGUUGCGCCAAUUAGAUCUAUAGGUUGACAGAUUAUGGCAGCAGCAGUUGUACCGAACGGAAUUGUUCCUGAAGUUCUCAAGUACUAUAACUUUGAGGAUUGGAGCAUACGGGUCAAGACCUACCUGUUGGGGAAAGAACUCUGGGAAGUUGUUGUAGGCACUGAAACUGAACAAGAAGACGACAAAGCCAAAUCUAAGGCAUGGAGGAAGAACAAUGCCAAAGCUUUGCAUGUAAUUCAAUUCUGCUGUGGGGAUGAUGCCUUCUCCUGCAUCAGUGGCCUCAGCACGGCCAAAGAAGCCUGGCAGGCUUUAGAGGAAGAGUUCAAGCGACCUGGAGUAAUCGAAUUCUUCGACGAAAGACUAGUUGACAAUGAUGCUGAGCCAGGUGAUGAAAUUGAAAUCAUGGAAACAGAAACGACCGAAGGGGAGGGGGAUCGAUCGAAUUUCUUCCAUCAUUUGGAGUGUCGUAAUUGGGAUGCCGCAAUGGAUUUGAUUCGCCGAUAUCCUAACUUAAUAAGGGCCAGAAUUCCAUCAACAGGCAUGACAAUUCUUCACAUGGUAGUCCUUUAUAAUCCCGGGAACGUGAGUAUUGUAAAUGAAUUGAUGCAGUUGAUGAAAGCAAAAGACUUGGAAAUACGAGACACCAAUGAUUGCACAGCUUUAACAUUAGCUAUCGAGCAAAACGUUGACAUCCAAAUCGCUCAUAAAAUGGUUGAAAAGAACAAGAGUCUACUUACCAUGUGGAUAGCCCCUCAGAACAGGAUUCCAGUUGGCUACGCUUUUGCUUGGAACAAUUGGAAAAUGGUCGACUAUCUCUAUCCUCUCACUCCACCCGAAGCUCUAAACAGUGUCCAUGGCGCAGAAUUGCUUACCCGCUCCUUUUGCGCACUAAAAUUUGAUAUGGCAUUGGAUUUAAUUCAACGCUAUCCAAAUCUGGCCACUGUCAAAGACAACCAUGGUGGAACUCCUCUAGCUCAAUUGGCCGGUAUGCGUUGUGCAUUUUUAAGUGGAAGUCAACUUAAAUUCUGGGAAAAAUGGAUCUAUAAUGGUAUACGAAUUGAAGGGUCCCCUCCAAUCGAUAAUCAAUGGUGUUGCAUUUUCCCAGCAGGGAGGGUAUCGCCAUUUGCAAAGCUUGAUAAAAUCCAAGGUGCAGCCUUACAGAUGCAAAGAGAACUACAGUGGUUCAAGGAGGUGGAGAAGAUUGUACCCUUUCAUAUUGUUGAAAAUAAGAAUUUUAAAGAACGUAAGACAGCACGUGAACUAUUUACCGAAAACCACAAAGAGUUAGUGAAGGCAGGAGAAAGUUCAAUGAAAGAUACAGCAACUUCUUGCACAGUUGUAGGUGCUCUCAUUGUUACCAUAAUGUUUGCUGCAGCAUUUACAGUGCCCGGUGGAAAUAAUGGAAAUAGCGGUGCCCCAAUGUUCCUAAAUAAAAGGUUGUUUAUGGUUUUUAUAGCUUCAGAUGCUAUAUCACUUUUUUCUUCUACGACAUCAAUAAUGAUAUUUUUGGGAAUCUUUACAUCACGUUACGCGGAAGAUGAUUUUCUCAAAUCCUUACCUACAAAGAUGAUAGUCGGCCUUCUCAGCCUUUUUCUCUCUGUCACCAGCAUGAUGAUCGCUUUUGCUUCUGCUCUUUUCUUGAUGCUUCAUGAACCAUGGAUUGUUGGUCCACUCAGUUUCCUUGCAAGUGUUCCCAUUAUCACCUUUGUGUGGAUGCAGACUCCCCUUUUUAUUGCAACGCUCAAGUCUACUUAUGGAAAAGGAAUAUUCAACAACAAACUUAAACGUAGGAAUUAAAUAUAUAUAUAUAUAU